AUGAAUUUCUCUGUUUCUUUUGCUGUAAUAUUAAACAUUUGUGUUACUAUUUUAGUUGCAACAGAAGCAACAAAAAUAUUAUGUCCAAUUAAAACCUUGAUCCAGCUCGGAGAUUCCCUAUCCGACACGGGGAAUGCCAUACGCCUCCUUCCUGUGGGCCCCACGCUCCCGGCAGCCCGCCUUCCCUACGGCAAAACUUUCCCUGGCCUGCCCACCGGCCGUUGGUCCGAUGGUAGACUCAUCAUAGACUACGCAGCUAUGGGUCUUGGGCUUCCAUUGGUGAACCCAUAUUUCAAUAAGAACGCUUCGUUCAGAAAUGGAGUGAAUUUUGCGGUGGCCGGAGCUACUGCGCUCAAUGCUUCUUUCUUCCUUUCUAGAGGGAUUAUUGUUCCUAGUGUUGGAUCAUUGGACCUUCAACUACGUUCAUUUCGUACCUACCUUGCCUCAAUUUGCUCCACCCCUCCAGAAACAACAUCAAUAAAGAAAGGAGGAUGGAUAAGAGACUGAUGGAGCAACACGCUAGCAUUCUCCAUCAUUGUGUACGUCGAUGCACAUAAGUUAAGCCUGAAUUUGUUCACUAUUUUUUACUAAUGGAAUUUGUACAUUGUUUUUUACUGAGCUAAUGUGUUCGAAUUAUUACUAUUUAUAGACAAAAUUGGGUGUAACCAUCCAACAUAUAAAUGGAUUUAAUUAUAUAAUGUAACCGCUGGGUUUAGUAUGAAAUCAAUAUGAACCCUAAACUUCAAUACUAAAACACUAUUUAAUAUGAAAUCAAUAUAAAUAUUUAAUAUACAACUUAAAAUAUUAUAAGGACAAUAAUAUUGUGAUAAAAGACAAAAUGAUGGACCACACAGCAUAUAAACAACACACAUAUAUAAAUAUUAAUAGUAAAACUUAACAUUAGAACAGCGAAUCAAUAAUUCAAAAUUUAUGAAAAAACUUAUUUGUAAACAACUUUAACAGUUUCCUCUUUUAACACCUAAAUUGAUUAUUUAUACAUGUGGGCUAAAAAAAUGUGAUACUUCAUGUACUUUGUCGUCUUUUAUGUUCUUCUUCUUCUUUGCUACCUUUUGCCAUUUCAUUGACUUUUGGUGUUUUCUUUGCACGAAAACUACGUAAGAAACAACAUCAAUAAAGAAAGGAGGAUGGAUAAGAGACUGAUGGAGCAACACGCUAGCAUUCUCCAUCAUUGUGUACGUCGAUGCACAUAAGUUAAGCCUGAAUUUGUUCACUAUUUUUUACUAAUGGAAUUUGUACAUUGUUUUUUACUGA